CGCGCCGUCUGGGAGAGUGGAGGUUUCUUGGCCGAGGGAACCUUCGGGGGACACUGGCAGUGGAUCCUUUUGUGGUUCCAGAUGGAUAUCACUGAGUUUACCAGGUGUUCGUGGCUGAGGAGUAAAAUUUAAGUGAAAACAAAUGUGGAUCGAAGAAAUUGGUGUGUGUAUUAUGAUAAGAUUAUUAAUCGCUGUGUAAAUAAUGAAGGCGAGCGAAAGAACACGCGUGUUGUGAAGGAGUUGAAACCUCGAGUUGUCGGAGCACAAGUGUGCCUGUGUCGUGGAAGGAUGCACCGGUUCCCUGGGCAGGACGACACGCCCCAGCGGCUGAGUCUCCUUCACCACCACCACCACCAUCACCACCACCACACAGGCGGCAUGUCCUCCGCCCUCAACUUUGACCUCGAGGCGCUCCUGAAGAUCGAUGACCUAAGGUCUUGGAUCCAGGAGUUGGAGGCCUCGAGGAGCCACCGCUACCAGACGCUCUACAGCGACUACGAUGACUACGACAGCUUGGACGACGAGGCGAACGGCGACAUCACGCAGAAAGGAUAUGAGAAGAAGAAGGCUCGUCUCCUCCAGCCCUAUGUCACCAGGGAUCCGAGUCAGGCCUCUCACCAGGCGGCACUGUACGCACAGCAGCAGAGCAGUGGUGCCAGCAGCCGCAGUCGCCGGAGUGAGCAUCGCAGCGUCACCACUCACGAGCGGCGCUACCUGUCAGAGGUGCGCCAGGAGGCCGUCAAGGAAGCUCUGGCGCAGUACCAGUCACGUCCCAAGAAUCUCCCGCUGCCAUCGAAGCGGUCCUCUGUCAUGACGGCAAGAUCCCCCGACAGGCAUCACCGUGACUCAGACUCAGAGGACAGUGAUGAAGACAGUGUCACAGCAGAAGGUAGUCUGGGUAGUAGUGGGGGUCAGAGUGGGUCACAAGGGACCCCAGAGGUGACCCGUACCCCUCUGCUCCUCCCCCCACCCCAGAUGCCCCCUCAUGGCAGUGGCGGAGGCACCCCAGCCAGCAGCUCCGGCAGCAGUCAUCACACACCACCACACCCACUCCCUCCCAAGCAGCAGCAGCCCCUCCCACCCAUACCUCCACACAGCAAUCGUCUUUGUAAUGGAGAUGAAGAUGAACGUAGGAGACGUGAAAUGUCAGAGAUGACUGAUUUAAUGCGUAAUAUAACCUCAUUUUCUCAACCACCGGAUGUGACGAACAAUACAGGAGGAGGCAACAACCGAGCUCCCCGAGAUGACCGCAUUGCUCGCUACUCUGGCCCUCCUCCCGGCAGACAAUCAUCCUCUGAUGCUGACGGAUGGCGAGACGCUCUCUAUAAUUUUCCAGAAAACUGGCGAGGAACGGGGCGUUGGAAAGUAUCCAGUAAAAUCCAGCAACUCCUCAAUACCUUAAAGAGACCAAAGAGACGACCCCUACCAGAAUUUUACCUUGAUGACGAGGAAGACUUGGAAAUUGCUGCCAAUCCUAAAGACCCAAAUGCUCCCAAGCCUGAGGGUAUGGUCAUGACACCUGCCCGUGGAGAACAGUUAGUGAUACCAGCAGGUCUCCCACGAUCAGUAGAAGAUGCAGUAUACCGAUAUGGGUCUUCCUCUGGGUAUAAAGCCCCAGUUGCAACUAUCCUAGAUGCAAAUGGAAAACUGUCUGUUUCACUCACAUAUGGGAAAUUGUUGAGCAGGUCUCAGAAAAUGGCAUACAACCUCUUGACCCGCCUAGGAGGUCGAGGUGAAGGAACGGUCAUGCCAGGAGACCGUGUGGCCCUAGUGUAUCCCAACAAUGAUCCUGUGUCCUUCAUGUGUGCUUUCUAUGCAUGUCUACAAGCUGGACUUGUUCCUGUGCCCAUUGAAGUGCCGCUCUCAAGACGAGAUGCUGGCUCGCAACAGAUUGGUUUCUUGCUGGGAAGCUGUGGUGUUUCUGUAGCUCUUACAUCUGAGGCUUGCUUCAAAGGCAUUCCAAAGACCAGUGCAGGUGAGGUAGUGUCUUUCAAAGGCUGGCCCAAACUCACAUGGUUCAUUACUGACCACCUGCCCAAACCUCCCAAAGAAUGGCAGACACCUCCAAGACACUCUGAUGACUCUCCAGCAUAUAUUGAGUAUUCUACUGACAAGGAUGGUUCUGUCAAAGGUGUUGUGGUAACUAGAUCUGCAAUGCUGGCACACUGCCGUACAUUAACAUCAGCAUGCAAUUACACUGAAGGAGAAGUAGCAGUUUGUGUCCUUGACUUUAAACGAGAGGUUGGAUUGUGGCACUCCAUGUUGUGUUCUGUCUUCAAUGGGAUGCAUGUCAUCUUCAUUCCCUAUUCAGUCAUGAAGGUCAACCCUGCCUCAUGGAUGCACAUGAUCACUAGAUUUAAAGCAAGCAUAGCUAUUGUUAAGUCCCGUGACCUCCAUUGGGGAUUGUUGGCCACCAAAGAUCACAAGGAUGUAAGCCUUCAGUCAUUACGUCUUCUGUUAGUUGCUGAUGGAGCCAACCCUUGGUCACUGUCAUCAUGUGAUCAGUUCCUUGCUGUAUUCCAAAGUAAAGGAUUGAGACCAGAUGCCAUUUGUCCUUGUGCAUCAUCACCUGAGGCUUUGACUGUCUCUGUCAGGAGACCAGGCCAUGGAGGUGCCAAUGCAGUUGGCAGAGGAGUAUUAAGCAUGCAGGGUCUGAGCUAUGGUGUAGUACGCGUAGAUCAGGAGAAUUCCCUUACUUCACUCACACUGCAAGACUGUGGACAAGUGUUACCAGGAGCAAUGAUUGUGGUAAUUAAAUUGGAUGGGCAGCCCUAUGUCUGUCGUACAGACGAAGUUGGAGAAAUUUGUGUGGCCGGAGGAGCAGUGGGUGACCAGUACUGGGGACUUCAGGGUAUGACCAACAACACAUUCAAGGUCCAGCCAUUACUUCCAGACAGCACUCCUAUGUCAGAAAUGUCGUCUUAUGUCAGGACAGGACUUCUUGGAUUUUUAGGACCUGGUGGCCUUGUGUUUGUGUGUGGAUCACGAGACGGGCUCAUGACUGUCACUGGACGUAAACACAACACAGAUGACAUUAUUGCUACUGUGCUGGCAGUUGAACCCAUGAAAUUCAUUUACCGUGGCCGUAUUGCUGUCUUCUCUCAUAAGGUCUUGAGAGAUGAGAGGAUCUGUGUUAUAGCAGAACAGAGACCAGACUGUUCAGAAGAAGAGAGCUUCCAAUGGAUGUCUCGAGUUCUUCAGGCAGUAGACAGUAUCCACCAAGUUGGCAUUUACUGUCUGGCUCUAGUUCCUCCCAACCACCUUCCCAAAACACCACUUGGAGGAAUCCACCUGUCUGAGACACGCAAGAAGUUCCUUGAGGGGUCAUUGCACCCGGCAAAUGUGCUAAUGUGCCCGCACACCUGCGUCACCAACCUACCCAAACCACGGGAGGUUCAUCACGGUAAUUAUGUCGGACCAGCUAGUGUGAUGGUAGGCAACUUGGUGCAGGGGAACAGGCUAGCAAGCGCACAGGGACGAGACAUGGGACUCAUGGAUGAUGAAGAUGGAACAAGAAGGCAUCCUCAGUUCAUAGCCGACAUCCUCAAAUGGCGAGCUACAACUACAGAAAACCAUGAAAUUCUUACCCUUCUCAACUCAAAGGGACAAGUUGCUACCUCACUAACCUGUGCUCAGCUCCAUAAAAAGGCUGAGCGUGUGGGUGUCUUGCUGCUAGAGAAGGGACACAUUAACACUGGUGACCAUGUUGCCCUUAUUUACCCUCCAGGGGUGGAUCUUAUAGCAGCCUUCUAUGGAUGUUUGUAUGUGGGUGCUGUCCCAGUGACCAUCCGCCCACCACACCCACAAAACCUUCAGUCAACUGUCAACACUGUUAGGACUGUUGUAGAAGUGUCAAAGUCCUCACUUAUAUUGUCUACUUUAUCAGUGAUUAAAUUGCUCAAAAGCAAGGAGGAAAAGUUUGACAGUGGAAAGAAGUGGGCUCCGAUUCUUGACACAGAUGAUCUGCCAAAGAAGCGUUUGCCAUCAAUCUACAAGGCUCCAACACCAGAAAUGAUUGCCUAUCUUGACUUUAGUGUCUCAACAACGGGAAUGCUGGCUGGUAUCAAGAUGUCUCAUGGUGCUGCCACCUCUCUCUGCCUCAGUAUGAAGGUUGCUUGUGAACUGUACCCAUCCCGUGUGGUGGCACUGUGUCUGGAUCCAUACUGUGGUCUUGGCCUGGCUUUGUGGGUCCUUUCAUCUGUUUAUUCUGGACAUCAGUCCAUCCUCAUCCCUCCUGGCGAGGUUGAAUUAAAUCCCUCCCUAUGGUUAUCAGCUGUCUCCCAGUACAAAGUGCGUGACACCUUCUGUUCAUAUGGAGUAAUGGAAUUGUGCACAAAGGGCCUUGGUUCCUCAAUUGCCCUACUUAAACAGCGCAGUGUCAAUUUAGCAUGUGUAAGAACGUGCGUGGUUGUAGCAGAAGAAAGACCAAGGGUGCAACUUACCAAUUCAUUCUCCAAGCUUUUCAGUGGAUUAGGGCUGUCACCAAGAGCGGUGUCCACAAGCUUUGGCUGCCGUGUUAAUGUGGCAAUUUGCCUCCAAGGAGCCUCAUCACCAGACCCAACAACAGUGUUUGUGGACCUUAGGUCCCUUCGUCAUGACAGAGUAACACUGGUAGAGAGGGGUGCUCCACAUUCAUUGUGCAUCAUGGAGUCUGGAAAGCUUUUGCCAGGAGUUAAAGUCGUCAUUGCCAAUCCUGACACCAAAGGGCAAUGCUCAGACUCACACCUAGGUGAAAUUUGGGUUCAGUGUAACCAUAAUGCUAGUGGUUACUUUACUGUAUAUGGUGAUGAUGGAACAGCAAAUGACCACUUUAAUGCACAACUUGUCACUGGCAACACAGGGGAAGUCUAUGCUCGUACAGGUUACCUAGGUUUCCUUCGUCGCACUGAAUCUGUUCAAGCAGACGGAGAGCUUCAUGAUGCAGUGUUUGUUGUUGGGGCAUUAGAUGAGACAGUUAUUUUGAGAGGAAUGCGAUACCACCCAAUUGAUAUUGAGAUGACGGUGAUGCGAUGCCACAAGAAGAUCUCAGAAUGUGCUGUAUUCAGCUGGACAAAUUUGUUAGUGGUGGUUGUAGAGCUGGAUGGGGCUGAGUAUGAAGCUUUAGACCUCGUGCCACUCAUCACCUCAUCCGUCCUUGAGGAGCACCAAAUCAUUGUUGGUGUCAUUGUUGUGGUCGACCCAGGUGUAGUGCCAAUCAACUCUCGUGGAGAGAAGCAGCGCAUGCACCUACGGGAUGGUUUCCUGGCAGACCAGCUCGACCCUAUAUAUGUUGCUUACAACAUGUAAAGCAAAAAUGCAAAUACUAAGCCAGCCUUGAAAAAAGACAACUCUAGUUUCUUUUCCACAUUUUUAACUUCUAUUUUGAGAAGCAUAAUUCUGUCAAAGAUGAACUUGGAAUUAUAAGUAGAGUAUAUGUGAAAAGUAUACUCAGUGUAAUUAUAGUUCCAGAAAAAGUGAAUGUCCAUCUUGCACAGACUUUAUAAAAUGUGAUUUUAUUGUGGAUUAUAACAUGAGCAGAAAAAAAAAUAGUCCACAAUCACCAGCAGUUUCUGUAAUAUAUUAUGAAACCUGUGAAAAAAAUUAUUGAAUUUCUACAUUUAUAUAUCUCUUAAAACAAAUAGUGAAUUGAAAAUUGAAAUGAAAGUUCCAUUUUCCGUUUACAAGUGCCAUGUGCAGCCUUUCACGAUUGCAUUUGUAGUGUGAUACAUUUCAAGUGAAUUCAGUCAUGAACUUCAGUAGAUCGUAAUUGAUAGCUUGUGAUAGUGUUUGUAAGUUUUUAGAAAGUUUAAUAGAAAUCAUAUUGCUACUUAGAAUAUAUUGGUAUUCAGAGAGAUAAAUGCUUUUAUUGAUCUGAUCUGAUGUUUGCCACUUGAACUAGCCAAACAGUGUAAAUAGUUAUAUCUUGGCUCAGACUCAGGCCAUUGUAAAUAAAGUACAUUACCUAUUCCCACUUUAUUUAGUCUGAGAGUGGAUUUUUCAGCAUCAUAUAAGUAAAUGUUUUCAGUCAUAAGCGCAAGCUGAAAAUGAAAAGUAAAUGUUGAAAAGCCCACUCGACACACCGAGCUCUGUACAUUUGUAUAGCAGUAGAGAUAAUCAUAUUGGGCUUGGACGUUUGGUGAACGGGAACUUUGGUAUAGCAAAGCUCCUUGCGUCACAGCAUGACCUCAAAUCCAGAAAGGUUAUGUUCCCAUUACAUCUUCACUUGUGGGAAGUCAUGCAAAAAUGGUUAGGAGAAGAGUUUUGACUAAUAUUUUGGGAUUUAAAGAGUUUUAAAAAAGGAGAAUUCCACAAAUGUCAUAAAAUGGGAACAUACUGGAAUGAGGAACGAGUUAUAGUCCUAGUGUAGACUUGCUGAAAAUACACAGCGCACCAUGAGACGAUGUUACAGUAUCAGACAGAUUUUAUAUAGAAUUUACAUUCAUGAUAAAGAUUAUUUCCUUUUUAUAGGUAUGAGAGUAUUUUACAGUCAAACAUGGCUCAAGUUGUUUUUUGUGCGUGCUGUAUGACAAUAUUUAGGGCCAGAGUUUUGGCCAUGUUUUUUGGGGUAUCAUUAUUGUUGUCAGUGUUAAUUUUUUGGUCUGUGUACAUUGAAGGAGAUUUUUGUAAACUUAUGUAUAUCUCGUUGAAUUUGGUUGACGAGUAUUUUAAUCUGCCAUGCUUCAUAGAUGGGUAUUGAUUACAAAUUUUUUGCAUGUAUGAAUCCCCUUAUAUAGUCAUGAAUUGUCGUGUUUUGAAACAUUGUGGCGUUUAUGUCCAAUUAACUGUAAAGUAGAACUAAGUAUUUAUCUCAUACUUGGAAUUUUUUAUAUAAAAUGAUCUCUAUACUUUUCCACAUAUGAUAAUGAAUGGUAUGGAAUCACCUAUGUCGCUGUAUUACCCUUAAGUCAGUCAUAUUAAAUUUGAAUUUUAAAUUUGUUGUCUGUACAGUCUAGAUGAGCACAAUUGUUUGUAGCAUCGCCAGUGUAAUGAUUUAUUGAUAAAUGAUUGUAUAGGUGCAAUGAAAAUAAAUAAUUUAAUCAAAACAAAAUAUAAAAAGUGUAUGUCUGAUUGGAUGAAAGUCCCUUGUAUUCAGUUUGUGAAGGGUCAGUUCUAUGCUGAUGAGUAAAACUUUUGUGUACUGUUGCAUACUGUCGCUUCUUGAAAUUAUUAGGGUUUUCAGAGCAGCUGCAAUUAUUUCCCUGUUUUUGUAUACUGUCUCUUAACAUACAGUACAAGCAAUAAAUGUCAUGAAAAGGAUAAGUAUAAA